AUGGCAUCUGUCAAAGAGCUGCUUGUGUACAUGCUGAAAGAGAUGGAGGAAGCUGAGCUGAAGGAGUUUCAGAGGCACUUAAAGAAUCAUGAUGUAUCAAAGUUUGAAAUGGAGAAUGCAGAUAGAUUAAAAACAGUGGAUAAGAUGGUGGCAUGUUUUGGAUCAGAAGAAGCUGUGAAGAUCAUGGUCAGCAUCUUGAGAAAGAUGCAUCAGAUUAAUCUCGCUGAGCAGCUGGAAAACAAACACAAGCAAGGCUCAACUGCAGAUAAAAGUCAAGCUGCUCUUCAUGAUUACAUAAAAACCAGCCACAGACUGAAGAACAAAUUAAGUCUGGACUAUAAGCGGAUAUUACUUGGUAAUUCUCAAACAAGUCAUUGGGAAUGCCUGCAUGAUAUUUACUCUGAUUUAUAUGUGGAGGAUAAUGAGACUGGAGUGAAUAUCCACGAAGUGAUACAGAAGGAAUCAAAUAACAACCGUUUGGCUGCCAAGGAGACGGCAAUAAAGUGUAAUGACAUGUUUAAAGCUCUGUGUGACAAACAAAACAAAAUAGUGCUGACAAUGGGGAUCGCAGGAGUGGGAAAAACAGUAUCUGUCAAUAAAUUCAUCCUUGAGUGGGCUGAAGGAAAAGAAAAUCACAUAGUCAUAGUCUUCAUUUUUCCAUUUUCAUUCCGUAGACUGAAUUUGAUUAACGAAGAUUACAGUCUCAUGGAUCUGCUUAACAAUUACUUCUUUAGUGGUCCUGAAGAAUUGCCCUCUCUUCCUGAAGGUGAUGGUAAGGCUAUGUUCAUCUUUGAUGGCCUGGAUGAAUGUCGCUUCCCUUUAAGCUUUAAAGAGAAUGACAGAUUUACAGAAGUGCAUGAAAAAACAACAGUGACUAAGAUAGUAACAAACCUGAUCAUGAAACACCUGGUUCCCUCUGCUCGCAUCUGGAUUACUUCCAGACCAGCAGCAGCCAGUCUGAUACCCCGUGUCUACAUUAAUCAAAUGACAGAGGUGCGAGGAUUCAAUGAGGAGCAGAAAGAGCAGUACUUCAUAAAAAACAGCAGUCCUGAGGUUGCUGGAAACAUUAUCAGUCACAUCAAGAAAUACAGAAACCUGUACAUAAUGUGCCACAUCCCUGUCUUCUGCUGGAUCUCUCUCACAGUACUUCAGCCUCUACUGGCUCAAAAGAGCAAUGACAAAACACCCACAACUCUCACAGGGAUGUACAUUAACUUCUUACUUACUCAGCAUAAACAGAUCAAAGCAAAAUACAGUGAUGACCCUAAAUUGAUUGCCAAUGCAUGGGCCUUUGAUCAGAUUCUUUUGAAGCUUGGGAAAUUGGCAUUUCAACAACUGGAGAAAGGUAAUUUGAUUUUCUACAAAGAAGAUCUUGAGGAGUGUGGUCUAGAUGUUAGUGAAGGGUCUGUGUUCUCUGGGUUAUGCACUCAUAUAUUUCAGAUGGAAAAAGCUGUUUCAGAGAGAAUGAUUUACAGCUUUGUACAUCUCAGCAUCCAGGAAUUCAUUGCUGCUCUUUAUGUGCAUUUGAUCAGCAAAGAUGGGAAAACAAGCCCAUUUCUUCAGUCCUGUAGAAGAAUAGUAACAUGGAAACUGUUCAAAAAGCCACUGUUUCUGCUUCAUAAGACUGUAGUCAAGAAGGCUUUACAAAGUGAGAACAGACCCCUAUACCUUUUCCUCCGGUUCCUCCUGGGUCUUUCACUGGAGUCAAACCAGAGUGACCUGAAGGAACUACUGCCAGGACUGGAACUCAAGACAGAAAAGCUCCUAAACUGUAAUCUCACUGCUCAGUCAUGUGAGAGUUUGUCAUUAGUUUUACAAUCCUCGAACUGUGUCCUGAGAGAGUUGAACCUGAGUAAAAAUGACCUGCAGGAUUUAGGAGUGAAGCUUCUUUCUGGUGGACUGAAGAAUCCAAACUGUCAGCUGGAGAUACUGAGGCUCCUAAACUGUAAUCUCACUGCUCAGUCAUGUGAGAGUUUGUCAUUAGUUUUACAAUCCUCAAACUGUGUCCUGAGAGAGCUGUACCUGAGUAACAAUGACUUGCAGGAUUCAGGAGUGAAGCUUCUUUUUGGUGGACUGAAGAGUCCAAACUGUCGGCUGGAGAUACUGAGAGCCUACUACAGGAAAAUGAGCGGUGAACAGGUGGUUCGAGUAAUGAUGGAGCGACUUCAAUCUCGACUUGAGAAUAUUUUCAGUCGGCAACCUCUGGACCUAGACUAUUUACAGUUCAUAUGCAAACAGGAGAUGGUGUUGUUCAGUGCAUUUUCUGAUCAGAUUUCUCUUCCUGAGAGUAUUGUGGAUGGUCUCGCAGAGCUGUACAGAUUAGUAACAGAGGAAAAAUCAAAUAAAGUCGUGGAAGUGUUAAUUCAAGUAACUCAUGGAGCAGCUGGACGUCCACGCUUUGAUGUGUCGCAAGAUUACCUGCUGCAUCCACUCCAUCAAGGUCUCCCUGUGUCAUGCAUUGCCAGUCUUCUUGGAGUGUCUAGGCGGACAGUGUACAGACGAAUGGCAGAUUUAAACAUCACAGUUAGAGGUCUAUACAGUACUUUAUCAGACUCAGAACUUGAUAACCUUGUUGGUGAAAUCAAAGAAAGCAUGCCACAUGCAGGUUAUCGGCUUGUUAAGGGGAGUUUGCAAGCCAGAGGACAUCGGGUUCAGUGGGAGAGAGUUAAGGCCUCAAUGCAUCGUGUUGACACCAUGGGUAUCCUUUUUCGUUUGAACAUGCUAGGGUGUGUUGUGCGGCGCAAAUACUCUGUUGCUGGACCGAAAGCACUUGUACACAUUGACACGAACCACAAACUGAUCCGGUACAAUAUAGUCAUCUUUGGUGGCAUUGAUGGAUUUUCCAGAAAGAUCAUGUACCUAGGUGCUGCAAAUAACAACCUGUCAUCUACAGCCUUGGCCUUCUUCAAGCAGUCCAUUGAACAUCAUGGAUUUCCACUGAGGUAUUUUAAUAAACAACUAAAACAAUAAUAGUUGCAGCAACAUCUAAAUAUGAAAUGCAUACAUAUAUGUAUAUAUGUGUUUGUGUGUAUGUAUCAAGUGGAAAUGUAAAGUUUAAAUGCAGAGAAACACUCACAUGUGUUUACUGUAUGAGUGGGUGUUCAGUUUUUCGGUUAACCCUGCUAAUUCUAGCAUUAAACAGUAUUGAGCUGAAA